AUGCUUGAUGAAGCGACGGCAAGUGUCGAUGUGCAGACGGAUGCGCAUGUUCAGAACACCAUCAAGACCAGGAUCCUAGCGGGGGGAACCUCCACCAUGCUCGUCAUCGCGCAUCGUCUCAGUACUGUGGUCGACAGCUCUCGUAUCCUCGUGAUGAAUCAGGGAUAUGUGCAGGAACUCGACACCCCCAAGAAUUUGCUCAGUUCCAAGAGCUCAGCCUUCUCUGCCAUGGUCGACAAGAUGGGCGCGGCAGCAGCCGAAGGUCUAAGGAGACAGUGUGGAGCUAGUCUUCCUGCUUGA